CUAUAAAAGACUGUUGGUCUACUAUGCCGAUGGUUAUUGUGUUUUGUGGCCUCGCUCGUAAAACAUAAAGAGCUUGAAGUCAGUUUUAGUUUCGUUUGCAAGUGUUUUUGGUUCAUUAAUCUACUCUCGGCUAAACGCAUAGUGGCAUAAUGUUUGUUUACACUCUCGCGCUCGUGGCGGCCGUGAUCUUUCUCGUGCUCCGCUACAUCUACUCUCACUGGGAGAGGCAUGGACUUCCGCAUCUAAAGCCAGAGAUUCCGUAUGGCAACAUACGCACCGUUGCCGAGAAGAAAGAAUCAUUCGGAAUUGCCAUCAACAACCUGUACCACAAGUCGUCCGACCGUCUGCUGGGAAUCUAUCUGUUCUUCCGCCCUGCUAUCUUGAUUCGCGAUCCUCAUCUCGCGAAGCGUAUUAUGGUAAACGACUUCCAGAACUUUCACGAUCGCGGUGUCUACUGCAAUGAAGAGCACGAUCCCUUCUCGGCCAAUCUGUUCGCUCUGCCCGGUCAGCGGUGGAAGAACUUGCGUGCGAAGCUCACGCCGACCUUCACGUCCGGACAACUGCGUAACAUGCUCCCCACCCUGCUGGACGUCGGCAACAAGCUGAUCGAUCGUAUGAACAAGGUGGCGGACGAGAAGGCGAUCGUUGAUAUGCGUGAUAUUGCGUCACGGUUUGUGCUCGACACGAUCGCUUCGGUGUUCUUCGGCUUCGAGGCAAACUGUAUUCACAACUCGGAAGAUCCCUUCCUAUCGACACUGCAGCGUUUGACUAAGAGUAGAAAGUUUAUGGAUAACUUCCGAACAUCUGGUGUAUUUAUUUGUCCCGGGCUACUGAAGCUUACGCGCAUAACAUCACUCCCACCCGAGUUGAUCAGCUUUGUGAUGGAGAUCAUCACCCAUCAGAUUGAUCAUCGUGAGAAGAAUCAAAUCACUCGCAAAGACUUUGUUCAGCUACUGAUAGAUCUGCGUCGUGAAGCUGAAAAUGGGUCAGAGAAAGCACUUUCAAUCGAACAGUGUGCGGCCAAUGUGUUCCUGUUUUACAUUGCCGGUGCGGAAACGUCAACAGCAACGAUCUCGUUCACGCUCCACGAGCUUUCGCACAAUCCAGAAGCGAUGGCAAAGCUGCAGCAAGAAAUUGACGAGAUGAUGGAGCGAUAUAACGGCGAAAUCACGUAUGAGAACAUAAAAGAGAUGAAGUACUUGGAUUUGUGCGUGAAGGAAACGCUUCGAAAGUAUCCGGGCUUGCCGAUUUUGAACCGAGAGUGCACGAUCGACUACAAAGUGCCGGACAGUGAUGUUGUGAUACGCAAAGGAACUCAGGUGAUCAUACCGUUGUUGAGUAUCAGUAUGAACGAGAAGUACUUCCCCGAUCCAGAGCUCUAUUCUCCAGAGCGGUUUGACGAGGCCACAAAGAACUACGAUGCAGAUGCGUACUAUCCGUUCGGAGCUGGUCCUCGCAAUUGCAUUGGUCUUAGACAAGGUGUGUUUGUGUCCAAAAUCGGGCUUGUUUUAUUGCUGUCAAAGUACAAUUUCCAGGCCACAACUCCGGCAAAGGUCAAAUUUGCUGUUGCUACUGUAGUUGUUACACCAGAAGAUGGUUUCCCUAUGAGUGUAGAACAUAGAAGCUGAUAAAGAUUGCAACUGAUUGUGAUAACUUG